UUUUAUAUACUUAACAAAAAAAUCUAUUUAGUUUUAUAAAUCGCGGAAGGUUAUUCGGUCCUUUAUUCGCGGUACUUAGCGAGAACAUGUCCUAUAACUCCGAAGAUGGUGAUAGGUCUCGGAAUGAGAGACCACAAAGUGGAGACAGAGGUGAUGGAAAGGAGGAAUAUAUCCCAGAAGCCGGUGGCCUCAUAGAGAGCAACUGGGAUGAAGUGGUUGACAACUUUGAUGAUAUGAAUCUCCGUGAGGAGCUGUUAAGAGGAAUCUAUGCCUAUGGAUUUGAGAAACCCUCGGCUAUUCAACAGAGAGCCAUUAUUCCUUGUAUUAAAGGAAGAGACGUGAUCGCUCAGGCCCAGUCUGGAACUGGUAAAACUGCCACAUUCUCCAUAGCUAUUCUACAGCAACUCAAUGUAGAGGAGAAAGACUGUCAAGCCCUGGUUCUGGCCCCCACCAGAGAGCUGGCACAGCAGAUUCAAAAAGUAGUGAUUGCCCUGGGAGAUUAUAUGGGGGCCUCCUGUCAUGCCUGUAUAGGAGGUACUAAUGUCCGGGAGGAUAUGCAUCGCCUACAGGCCGGCGUCAACAUUGUCGUUGGGACUCCAGGGCGUGUCUUCGACAUGAUUAGUAGAAGGGCAUUAAAUCCCAGAAGCAUUCAGCUGUUUGUCUUAGAUGAGGCUGAUGAAAUGUUAUCCAGAGGUUUCAAAGAUCAAAUUUACGAUGUCUUUAGGUUUAUGCCCCAGUCUAUUCAGGUCAUCCUGUUAUCAGCCACAAUGCCUGCCGAAGUUCUUGAUGUUACCAAAAAGUUCAUGAGGGAUCCUAUUCGUAUCCUAGUCAAAAAGGAAGAAUUAACCCUGGAGGGUAUCCGUCAGUUUUACAUCCAAGUGGAAAGGGAGGAGUGGAAACUUGAUACUCUCUGUGAUCUGUACGAGACCUUGACUAUAACUCAGGCUGUCAUUUUCUGCAACACCAGGAGAAAGGUGGACUGGCUUACAGAUAAAAUGCUUAGCCGUGACUUCACUGUGUCAGCUAUGCAUGGUGACAUGGACCAGAAGGAACGAGACGUGAUUAUGAGAGAGUUUAGGACUGGCUCCAGUCGCGUUCUGAUCACAACCGAUCUUCUGGCACGCGGAAUCGACGUGCAGCAGGUGUCCUUAGUUAUUAACUUUGAUCUUCCUGCCAACAGAGAAAAUUACAUUCACAGGAUUGGUCGUGGUGGUCGAUUUGGAAGAAAAGGCGUUGCCAUAAACUUUGUCACUCAAGAGGAUGUACGGACAUUGCGUGAUAUUGAACAAUUUUACAAUACACAGAUUGAAGAAAUGCCAAUGAACGUAGCUGAUCUGAUCUAAGAGUCUGCCAUACUUCGGAAAAAUCUUGUCUUAUUGCUAGUGGAGAAUUUUACAGUGCAAUUUCCUUGAAAUAAAUUUACAAAGUAUUUGAUGAAAUGUGAAUUGUCGACAAGAAGAUCCGAAUUAAGUGGUGACUGAGAGCAAAAACUCUCUAAACGUUUUAUUUAAUCUGUUGACCUUGUAUGAGAAAGUGCUGUAAUAUUGCUGCUUUUUGUCAUUGUUAAUUUAUAUUUCUAGAAAUUUAAAGCAGCUCUUGUUUAUCUUUCUUCAUUGAGAAAGAUUUAUCAGAAUUUUCAUACAAUAUUACUACAAGCUUAAUUUUAUUUUUUUUUUCAUGCAAAGUGCAGUGCUCUGGUGCAGAAUUUUGUAUAGUACUAAUAAUUUCUUUGUUUAAACAUUAUUGUACAGUAAUUGGAGCCAUCUUCAUGUUUCAUAUUAUAUCAAGAGAAAGGUUGGCAAUGCACUGGACAUUCUUGUACCGCCAUCUAUUGCUGGAGAACAUCGGCCCUCCAUGUGUGUGGAUUAACUGGCUAUCACAUGAGACAGUAAACCCCCUGACUUUUAUCAGGAAUGUUUAUAUUUGUCAUGUGAGAGAAAGCAAUAGGUGUAUUAAAAAAUUCUAUAAUUAUAAA